AUGAAAUUCGCAGAGCAUUUGAGCGCUCAUAUAACUCCUGAGUGGAGAAAACAAUAUAUCAACUACGAGGAGAUGAAAGCUAUGUUAUACACUGCGGUGGAGGAGGCACCAUCAGCAGAGAAUGUGGAGCCAGAAGUUCUUUCCAGGCACUUUGCAAAUUUCGACGAGACAUUCUUCCAUUAUUGUGAUCUAGAGCUAAAAAAAAUCAACACUUUCUACUCAGAGAAACUGGCGGAGGCGACCAGAAAGUUCGCGACCCUACAGAGCGAGCUGAAGUCCCAGUUCGACAUGAUGAAGCCCAGGGGCGGCGGCGACAGCAAGAAGUCGAUGCCGCGCCGCAAGGUCCAAGAGCUGAAGCUGGCCUUCAGCGAGUUCUACCUCAGCCUCAUUCUGCUGCAGAACUACCAGAACCUGAAUUAUACCGGCUUCAGGAAGAUACUGAAGAAACACGACAAGUUGUUAAACGUUAGCAAUGGGGCGCAAUGGAGGGCGGCGCAGGUGGAGUCGUCGCACUUCUACACGAACAAGGACAUAGACCGGCUGAUUGGGGACACGGAGGCGACCGUCACCAACGAGCUGGAGGGGGGCGACAGGCAGAAGGCCAUGAAGAAGCUCAGGGUGCCCCCCCUCGGGGAGCAGCAGAGCCCCUGGACCACGUUCAAAGUGGGCCUGUUCUCCGGCUCGUUCAUAGUACUCUUCAUCACGGUGGUACUGUCGGCGCUGUUCCACGAGGGGGCGACGGAGAACUUCAAGACGGCGUUCCGGCUGUACCGGGGCCCGUUCCUGCUGGUCGAGUUCAUAUUCCUGAUAGGCAUAAACGUGUACGGCUGGCGCUCGUCGGGCGUGAACCACGUGCUGAUCUUCGAGCUGGACCCCAGGAACCACUUGUCGGAGCAGCACCUGAUGGAGCUGGCCGCGAUAUUCGGCGUCGUCUGGGCGCUGAGCAUACUCAGCUUCAUAUACAGCGCCAGCCUGAGCAUACCGCCCUUCGCACGAGGCGCGCUUCUGGUUCUGAGGAUAUGCGGUCGUAUCUUAGCGGCUCCAUUCGUGCCCGUGCUGUUCGCGGAUUUCUGGCUGGCGGAUCAAUGGAACUCGUUCGCGUCCGCCUUCCUUGAUUUCCACUAUUUGGUCGCGUUUUACGUCAUGGGCGGCGAUUGGUUUAACGUCAACGACUCGUUCGAGUCCAACAAGUGGUUCAUAAUCACCCGCGCCCUGGUCAACAUCGUGCCCGCCUGGACCCGAUUCUGGCAGUGCCUGCGCCGAUACAGGGACAGCAGGGAGGCGUUCCCCCAUCUGGUCAACGCCGGCAAAUACUCCACCACCUUCUUCGUGGUGCUGUUCGCCACGCUGCGCACCAUGCACAGCGGCGACUACGCGGACCCAUACGACAACCCGUUCCUGUACGCUUGGUUCGCGUGCCAGCUGGUGUCCUCGCUGUACACGUACACGUGGGACGUGAAGAUGGACUGGGGCCUGUUCAGCUGCGGACCCUCGGCGGAGAACAAGUUCCUCAGGGAGGAGAUCGUGUACAGUCCCGGGUUUUACUACUUCGCGAUAGUCGAAGACUUCGUACUCCGCUUCAUAUGGACGGUGUCAUUCUUCCUCACGGAGAACAAAUUGGUCAGCGGCGAAACUAUGGUCUCGAUACUAUCGCCGCUCGAAGUUUUCAGACGCUUCAUCUGGAACUUCUUCCGGCUGGAGAACGAGCACCUGAACAACUGCGGCAAGUUCCGGGCGGUGCGCGACAUCUCGGUGGCGCCGCUCGACUCCUCGGACCAGGCGGACAUCGUCCGCAUGAUGGACCACCCAGACGGCGUCAUCAACAGGCUAACGAAGAAAAAGAACCCCAAGAAGACAAAAGAUAUUGAUAGAAAGCCACUUUUGAAGAAGGAAUCAAUACAAGACCUGCAAUUAGAGUUAGAUUUGUCAUCCAAGAUGUUG